AUGUUCAAACUUUUUGUGUUUGUUGCCCUUAUUGCCUGCGCUCUAGCAGAGCAUCAUGCUUCUUCUUACGCAUCAUUCAAUAACCAUGUUGAGCAUAGUUAUCAUCACGGUGAUCAUCAUGAUCAUCAUGAGCCCCACCAUCAUCCAAAAUAUGAAUAUAAAUAUGGCGUCGAGGACCACCACACCCAUGACAUGAAGUCGGCUGAAGAAGAACGCGACGGAGAUGUCGUCAAGGGAUGGUACAAACUGGAACAGCCCGAUGGCAGGACUCGUAUUGUUCAUUACACCGCUGAUAAACACAACGGCUUCAACGCUGAUGUCAAAUAUUCCGGACAUGCUGAACAUCCUCAUCAUUAUUAG